AUGGCCGGUCCCGUUCCUACCGCGACCUCGCUCGCCGACAUCUAUACCGAGGACGCGCUCCCCGCUCAGAACAAGCGCUGGUCGUCGCUGCUGUCGCAGUUCCAGUCCGAGUACGGCCACGCCGCCGCCGUCGUCGCCCGCUCCCCGGGCCGCGUCAACAUCAUCGGCGAGCACAUCGACUACUCCCUGUACUCGGUCCUGCCCAUGGCCAUCACCGCCGACGCUAUCCUCGCCUUCUCCGUCGCCGACACACCCGCCGACUCCGAGACCUUUACUCUGCGUGUCGCCAACGCCCAGUCCGACAAGUACCCCUCGCGCACCUUCGAGGUCCCCAUCGCCGGCGACGUGCCCAUCGACGCCGAGGUCCACGAGUGGUCCAACUACUUCAAGAGCGGCCUGCGCGGCGCCCUCGAGCUGCUGCGCCGCAAGCAUGGUGACGGCUUCCGGCCCAAGGGCAUGAACAUCCUCAUGGACGGCACUGUCCCCGUCGGCGGCGGCCUCAGCUCUAGCGCCGCCUUCGUCAGCGCCUCCGCGCUCGCCGUCAUGCUCGCCAACGGCGAGCAAAAGGUCGACAAGACCGAGCUGACCGAGCUGGCCAUUGUCAGUGAGCGCGCCGUCGGCGUCAACUCUGGCGGCAUGGACCAGUCCGCCUCCGUCUUCUCCCAGCGCGGCUCCGCCCUCUUCGUCUCCUUCACCCCGUCCCUGACCGCCCGCCCUGUCUUCUUCCCGACCACCAACCCGGAGCUGUCCUUCCUCAUCGCCCAGUCCUUCGUCACCUCCAACAAGCAGGUCACCGGCCCCAUCCACUACAACCUUCGCGUUGUCGAGUGCAGCAUGGCCGGCGCCUACCUCAACGCCGCCCUCAACCCGCCCGGCACCAACCUCCCCAAGGACGCCUCCCCGCUCGGCAUCUCUCUGCACGGCUUCCACGACGCCUACUUCGCCCACGGCAAGCAGCCCCAGGCCGACGGCGCCUCCAGGGAGGAGGCCGCCGAGGCGCAGCUCCGCGAGCUCAUCGACGUCACCAAGAACACCCUGACCAAGCCCGAGGGCUACACCCGCGAGGAGAUCGCCGGGGUGCUGGGCGUCUCCGCCGCAGAACUCGAGGCCAUCUUCAUGUCCAAGCUCUCCGUGCGCGCCGAGCGCUUCAAGCUGAGGCAGCGCGCCCUGCACGUCUUCGAGGAGGCCCUGCGCGUGCUGCAGUUCAUGAAGGUCCUCGAGCAGGAAGCCCCCGCCGACACCGCCGACACCGCCGACUACAACGCGCGCCUCGGCGGCCUCCUCAACGCGACGCAGGACUCGUGCCGCGACCUGUACGAGUGCAGCGCCCCCGAGAUCGACGAGCUGUGCCGCAUCGCGCUCGAGAACGGCUCGUACGGCAGCAGGCUCACCGGCGCCGGCUGGGGCGGUUGCACUGUCCACAUGGUGCCCGCCAACAAGGUCGCCGCCGUCAAGGAGGCCUGGGAGCGGGAGUACUACUCCAAGCGCGAGCUUACCGAGGAGCAGAAGGAAGGGGCUGUUGUCGUGAGCCGGCCGGGCAGCGGAAGCGCGGUGUAUCUGCUCAAGGAAGGCUCUUUGUAG